AUGUUGGAUGAUACGUCCAAUGGGGCUGGGUUUGGAAUGUUACAAAUUCAACAUCAUGACAAUGUGGAAUGCAUCGAAAUCGAGGUAUUGGAGGAAAGCUCGAUGCCACAUACGGGGUGUCCAACACCGCCUCCAGGACCAUCACGUACGUCGACUCCACCACCUCCAGGAGCAUCUCGUACGUCGACUCCACCACCUCCAGGAGCAUCUCGUACGUCGACUCCACCACUUCCCAGAACUCCACCGAACCAGACCAUCGCAAAAAGAAAAAGACGAUGGCAAGAGGCUAACAUAAGCUAUAAUGAAGAAGUGAUGGACACUUUACGAACAGUAGGAUCUGCCACAAUUGAGCUAAUCAACCAUCUCAAAGCUCCAGAUGAGCUCGAAAGUAGGAGUCCCGCUUCUCAGCUGUCGUUGAACGUAUCAAUUGAUGGCCUGCCCCUUCAUAAAAGCACCACCUUGCAGUAUUGGCCGAUAUUAUUCAAUAUUAAUGAGCUACCCCGUGUGCCAGUGAUGGCAGCGGGCAUCUUUUAUGGGUUGUCCAAACCCGAAAAUAUUGAGCAAUAUCUGCGUCCGUUGGUAGAUGAAAUUAAUUUUCUCAUUGAGCACGGAAUCAUCAUCAACGGGAAAAAGUUGUUCGUCAAACUGCGAGCUAUUAUCGCCGACACUCCGGCCAGGUCGUUCGUGAAAGGUACUGUUGGGCAUACCGGCUACGCAGGAUGUAUGAAAUGUGUUGUAGAAGGACAAUACAGUAGAGAAGGUCGUACGGUUGUGUUUCCAGGAGUAGGUGCACCAAAACGAACAGACAAGGGAUUCAGAGAAAAUGCGUACCCGAAACACUGCAAAAUGAUAUCACCACUUUUAGAUCUUAAGGAUUUUGAUAUCAUCAACGAUGUGAUUGUUGCAGAUCGUUUACAUCUGAUAGAUCUUGGGGUCAUGAAACGUUUGCUGAUUGGGUGGCGUGACGGAUCGCUGGGCAAAGUGCGUUGGUCAACUUCGCAAUGUUCGCAGAUUUCGAAGGCGUUAGGCAAUAUUAAACUCCCUGCUGAAAUCCAUCGCCCACUGCGCCCUGUUGUUUAUGCUGGGAAAUGGAAAGGAUCGGAGUUUGCCUCGUUUUUGCACUACGCAAGCAUUGUGGUGUUGAAAGAACAUUUCCCCCAAGAAUGUUACCAGCAUUUUUUGUUGUUAUUUUGUGCAGUAACAAUUCUAUCCUCGCGUGUAUACCGUCCGAUGUGGUCACUUGCCGGACAGAUGCUCGAAAGAUUUGUCACCCAAUAUAGCCAUGUCUAUGGAGAGCGUUAUACAGGGUGCCCGAGCAACGUCCAUAACCUGCAACAUGUGUAUGAAGAGGUGGCUCGUUUAGGUCCGCUUCCAACGCUAUCCACUUAUCCUUUUGAGAAUGAGCUACAGCAUCUCAAGCGUCAACUGCGGAGCGGCUACAAAAAUCUGGAACAAACCAUAAACCGUUUAUCAGAGCUAGAUAAAUUCCAUAUCAUGUUGAAGUUUCUUCAUCAAAAAGCUAGCAACGUGUUUGUCAUCUACUUUUAA